GCCGUCGGUUGGCCGGCGGCGGGCGGGGCGGGGCGGGCCAGGCCAUGGCCCUGCUGUUGUACCUGGGCAUGACCGCGGCGCUGGCCCGCGGCUGCCUGCACUGCCACGACAACUUCUCGGAGAAGUUCUCCUUCUAUCGCCACCACGUAAACCUCAAGUCCUGGUGGGUGGGCGACAUCCCCGUUUCUGGGGCUCUGCUCACGGACUGGAGCGAAGACACGAUGAGGGAACUGCAUUUGGCCAUCCCGGCGGAGAUCACCCGGGAUAAGCUGAACCAAGUGGCGGAAGCCGUGUACCAGAGGAUGGAUCAGCUGUACCAGGGGAAGAUGUACUUCCCGGGGUAUUUCCCCAAUGAGCUGCGAAGCAUCUUCCGGGACCAGGUGCACCUCAUCCAGAACGCAAUCAUUGAAAGCCGCAUUGAUUGUCAGCGUCACUGUGGCAUCUUCCAGUAUGAGACCAUCUCCUGCAAUAACUGCACAGACUCACAUGUCAUCUGCUUUGGCUACAACUGCGAGUCAUCAGCACAGUGGGAGACAGCCGUGCGUGGCCUUCUCAGUUACAUAAAUAAUUGGCACAAACAGGACACCAACAUGAGAACCACUCCAGCCUUCCUGAUAUCACCAAGCUUCACGUGCCUGGAGCCACAGCACCUGGCCAACUUGACCUUGGAAAAUGCCUCGGAGUGUCUGACCCAGCACUGAGGGCCACCACCUUGCCCCCAGCUGCAGUGGGGCAAAGGACUCAGCUGGACUGUCUCAUUGUGCCUCUGACACAGGCUUGCUGCUGCCUCGGGUCCCCCCAACCCCAGAGAGCCCAGGCUGGGCCAGGGUUGGGGGAAGGGAAGGGGGACGGGUUUGUGUGUAGCACCAGCCCCUGGGCAGGGUCUCAGAGCUAUUUGACAGGACGAUUAAAGUUCCCUGACAUUUCUCA